ACACCUCAUAACCCAUAAGCAGUGAAAGAAAAGGAAAAAAGAAAGAAAAAAGAAAGUAAAUUUCGUGUUAGAAGGAACUAAUGCGACUGAUAAUGAUAAAGAUUAGGGAAGAAAUUAAAUUAAUUAAGUACCGUUAGGGUUUGGUUGUAAAAGGAAUCGUCGGUCAAUUCUCUAACGCUUUCUUAACCAAUUCCAGUUUGCACUUCAUUUUCCCAUCUUCCUCCUCCUUCAAUUCUCCAUUUUCCCUCUGCAUUUCGAGUUCCCGUUCUUCAUUUCCCAUUUUCUGGUGUAUAAAAUCUGUUUCCGAUCGAAUUUCACUUCCAUCAACCGGCGAUCACACCAUAAUUCCAAAUUUCCCAGUAUGAGUCUUCAACCCUCACGAUCGGAGUCGGAGUCUACUGUUAUCGACGGCGUGAAUCCUAAUGCCGCCGGUCAAAUCCAACCGUCGUCUCCGGGGUCCUUUUUAUCACCGCGUCAUUCAUUGGAUUCCCAGCGGAGAAUUGCAAUUGCUGUUGAUUUAAGCGAUGAAAGCGCAUACGCUGUCCGCUGGGCUGUUCAGAACUACCUCCGUCCCGGAGAUUUGGUGUUUUUUCUUCACGUGCGACCUACUAGCGUUCUUUAUGGAGCUGAUUGGGGAUCAGUUGACCUUCAUCAAAGGAACAGCAGCAGCGAUGAGGUUAGCGCUGAAGAAUCGCAACGAAAGAUGGAAGAUGAUUUCGACAACUUCACGACGACCAAGGCUAGUGACUUGGCUCAACCUCUAGUGGAAGCUAAUAUUCCUUUCAAGAUUCACAUAGUCAAAGACCACGACAUGAAGGAAAGACUCUGCCUCGAAGUUGAACGAUUAGGGCUUAGUGCUGUUAUCAUGGGGAGCAGAGGCUUUGGCGCCUCAAAGCGAAUUACGAAGGGCCGACUUGGAAGUGUUAGCGACUACUGCGUUCACCAUUGUGUGUGUCCGGUGGUGGUGGUUAGGUAUCCGGAUGAAAAGGAUGGUUCUGGUGGUGGAGAUUCUAAUACUGGCGGCUCGGUGAAGAGUAUUAUUGGGGAGGAAGUGGAACUUGAUCCUGUGCCUGAAGAUGAGCAGGAGUAUCAUGAUGCUGACGAGGAGGUCAAAGAUGGUUAAAUGAGGUGAAUGAUGUUGUGGCCGGUAGUCUGCCCAUAAAUUGUACACGACAAAGGUAGAGAAGACUGCUGAGUGGAUUGAGUUGACUUGAAGAGUUUGGCGUUUGUACAUGAUGAAAAUAUUUCAUAUCCUUUGUUGGAAGAACAAAAACCUUUAUGAUUAGAGAUUUCCAUUUGUACAUGGUGAAAAACAUUUCAUAUCCGCUGUUUGAAGAACAAAAAACUGUAUUCUCUGAUAUUAGUUUCUAUUUGUGUGCUUCUCACACUACUUUUCAUGUUUUCGUAUAGUACACACAUGUUACGUAUUCA